AUGGAACGAAGGGAUGGAACGAAGGUUCAGUUGACGAUCCGGACGCUACCAGAACUACCAACAGGCGCCAAAUACCAGUGCGUGUGGGGGUCAGCGCCCCCUGCGGACGCCCUGGUGACGGCCUCGGGGCUCACCUGCAUCACGCCCGCACGCCCACACCGCCCAUCCAUCCCCAUCCACCACGACCACGUCCUCGUGCCGCUGGCCGUCCGCUCCAGCGAGACCAACAAGGACUUCGUCUCCCGCAACUUCGCCUUCUACGACUGCGGCCGCCACAGCACCUGCAGCAGCUGCGUCCGCAGCAACUGGGCGUGCAACUGGUGCGUGUACGAGAACACCUGCACGCACAACGCCUCCUCCUGCAGGAGAACCGUUAUCUCCGGUGAGAAUAACCCGACGCAGCUGAUGGCUCACGGCUCAGGGUUCUGUCCGCGGUUCUGGACGGAGCAGUCGCACCUGCUGGCUGCUGACGGGGCUCGCUCAGAGCUGCAGCUGCUGGUGGAGAACCUGCCGGCGCCAAGGGCGAGUCAGCUGGGCUUCCAGUGUGAGGUGAGCAUCGAGGGCGCCACCAUGCUGGUCGGGGCGCGGGUUGUGACUGAAGAAGAGGAAGAGGAAGGCAUCAGCAGCAGUCCAGCGACCACCGUCAGCAGCAGCAGCCACCAGCAGCAGCCACACCGGCGGGUGCAGCGGGUCGUCUGCGAACCCACCGUCUACCGCUACGAGUCAGCAGAAGGGGAGUACGAGGCGCGGGUGACGCUAGUAUGGAACCGCGACCACCAGGUGGACGCGCGGCCUCUGACGCUGUACAAGUGUGGCGUGUUGGGCGCCCACCGCGGCCACCAUGACUGUUCCCUCUGCGUCACGCGGCACCCGCGGUACCGCUGCGCCUGGUGCGGCGCCGCAUGCAGGUACGCGCCGCACUGCCCCUCCGUCGCAGGCGUCGCUGCGGCCUCGUCGUCAGCCGCAGUCUCCCGACCAACCGGCCGCGACCAGUUGGACGCAAGUGACGCGCGACUCAGCCAGUGUCCGACGCCCAGGAUUGACGUGAUCCAGCCCCUGGCGGGUCCCUUGGAGGGCGGUACACUGGUCUCCAUCGAGGGCAGCAACCUGGGCCUCAGGGAGGAGGACGUACGCGGGAAUAUCUACAUAGGGGACAUCCCCUGCCACGUGGACGAGUACCACGUGUCGGUCAAGAUCACGUGCCGGACGGGGCCGGCGCCUGCCAGAGAAGGUUCAACAGGGGCGCAGAACCUGCAGUUUCCAGUCAGCGUGACCACGCCUGCAGGCACUACCAAAUCCACCGUCAAGUUUACCUACACUAACGUGAGUGUGAGCGGCGUCCGGCCGACGCACGGACCAGAGUCCGGGGGCACUGUGCUCUCCAUCACCGGACACUUCUUGAACGUCGGCUCUCACGUCUCCGCCAAGCUCGACGACCUUCCCUGCCUCGUCAACAAGACGCAGUCGUCGUCGCACCGGCUGGUGUGCGUCACGUCGAGGGCGGCGGCGCCGGCUGGCGACGGAAGCGGUGAAGGCGAAGGUCUACCUCGAACAGUACGCACUCUAACGGUGACGGUGGAUGGCGCCAAACGCACUCUUAAUUCCCCCUUCACGUACACUCCCGAUCCUCAAGUGCUGGAGCUCAAGCCCCGACGGAGCCCCUGGAGUGGCGGACGCAUGCUGACGGUGCACGGGACGCAAUUGGACGCCAUUCAGGCGCCACGCAUCACCGUCUUCUACGAGGAGAAGUUUCUCAACUCGUCCGCGUGUCGUGUGCUGCGACACGACCAGAUGGAGUGUCCGUCGCCCCCCGUCGAUCGCACGGUGCUGAUGGCUCUCCUGCGGGAGCGACGCAACGCGCAAGAAGAUGACACGUCGAAUCCCAGAGCGCAGGGCAGAGUCUCUCACAAAGUCUCAAGGUCUCCUCGCCAGAACUACGGGGACUCCAUUACCCUGGACGUGGGGUUCAUCAUGGACAACGUCGCCUCCGUCAGGAACCUCAAGCACGUGUUGUCGACCUCAGCCAGCAGCCUCGUCUACGUCCUCGACCCCACCUACAAGAAGUUCCCCAACGCCAUCAAGCUCUACAAGGGCGACACCCUCGUCAUUGAGGGCGAGAACUUGAACCUGGCCAGCGACGAGUCAGACGUAAACGUCACCAUUGGGACUCGUCAGUGUAACGUCACUUCGCUGGCCCUGACGCAGUUGGUGUGCACUCCGCCAGAGGCCCAGCCGCCCCCCACUGACGAACUCGGCCACUCCACCGAGGACGACCUUCCUCUAGUCGUCGUCAGGAUGGGUCAGAACCUCAGAUUUCCCAUCGGCUACCUCCGCUACGAGAUGAUUAAGGAGUACCAGUUUCCGCCAGAGGCGAUUGGCGGGAUGGCGGCCGGAGGGAUGUUCCUGGUGCUGGUGUCCAUGGCGAUCCUGGUAGUCUACCGCAGGAAGAGCAACCAGGCAGAACGCGAGUACAAGAGGAUCCAGAUCCAGAUGGAUACCCUCGAGUCCAACGUCCGCUCAGAGUGUAAGCAAGCGUUCGCGGAGCUGCAGACGGAUAUGACGGAUCUGACGGCUGACCUGGAGUCGUCUGGGAUCCCAACCCUGGAUCACCGCAGUUACGUCAUGAAGGUCUUCUUCCCCGGCGUUACCGACCACCCCAUCCUCAACGACCCUAAGGUUCGCAUGAACGGGUGCAGGCCGGCUAUGGACAACGCUAUGAUACAGUUCGAGCAGCUCACCACCAACAGGUACUUCCUGCUCGCCCUGAUAGAGACGCUGGAGGCCCAGAAGACUUUCAACGUUAGAGACAAGGUGAAUGUGGCGUCGCUGCUGGUGGUGUCCAUGGCGGGGCGGAUGGAGUACCUGACGGAGAUCCUGCGGCUCCUGCUGCUGCGUCUCAUCGAGAAGAGUGUGGCCACCAAGCAUCCACAACUGAUGCUGCGGAGGACGGAGAGCGUAGUGGAGAAGAUGCUCACCAACUGGAUGACACUCUGCAUGUACACGUACCUCAAGGAGCAAGCGGGGCCGGCGCUGUUCCUGCUCUACAAGGCCAUCAAGCACCAGGUGGAGAAGGGCCCCGUGGACGCCCUCACCCACGACGCUCGCUACUCCCUCUCCGAGGAACGCCUGCUCAGGGAGCAGAUCACACACGCCUACGUGACCAUCCACUUAGUGAGGGACGAGCCACAGUACGAGAAGAUCCCCUACAGCAUCCCUGAAUGCGUGGCGGUGGUGGGCGAGGACGGGGAGAAGGCACAGUGCCGCGUCCUGGACUGUGACACCAUCACGCAGGUGAAGGCCAAGAUCCUGGACGCCCUCUACCGGAACACACCGCAGUCCCUCCGACCCUCCGUCCAUGAGGUUGAUCUAGAGUGGCGUCACGGUCGCAAUGGACAUCUGAUUCUGGCAGACGAGGACAUGACGACCAAGUCGGAGACCAGCGGGUGGAGGCGCCUCAACACUCUGGCCCACUAUGGCGUGAAGGACUCUGCCAUCAUGGCUCUGGUUCACCGGCCGCACGACCACCACACUCUUAAUAACGCCAACUGUACCAACAAGUGUAAUAGCUGUUCUGGAUAUGGAAUGACUGGUUCUGGAAGUCCAGUGAGCCACUGUGGAGAUGCAGAGUCUGGUACUCUGGAGUCCAAUGUGUACCACCUGGUGAAGCCUGUGGAUCACGACUCCCCAUACCGAGGCAGCGAGCGUACUCAUAAGGCCAUCCCGGAGAUCUUCCUCACCAGACUCCUAUCGACGAAAGGCACCGUCCAGAAGUUUGUAGAUGACUUCUUCAAAACCAUCCUCACCCCGAAUGAGACAUUGCCUCCUGCUAUCAAGUGGCUUUUUGACCUGUUCGACGAAGCUGGUCGACGGCAGGGCUUAGUCGAUCCAGAGGUAGUCUUGGCUUGGAAGUCCAACAGCCUUCCACUGCGCUUCUGGGUGAACUUCAUAAAAAAUCCAGAUUUUAUUUUAGAUGUGUACAAGAGCCCUACUGUAGACUCCUGCCUGUCCGUGAUCGCCCAGACCUUCAUGGACGCCUGCUCGACCACAGAACAUCGCCUUGGCAAAGACUCGCCCUCCAACAAACUGCUUUUUGCCAAGGACAUCUCUCAGUACAAGGCGACAGUGAGGGCAUUCUAUAACGGGGUACGGACCAUGCCCCCUGUGACCGACCAGGAUAUGGCCGCCUACCUACACCACCUAAGCCUCAAUCACCUGGGACAGCUAGACGCUAAGCCUGCCCUUCAGGAACUGUUCCACACUUACAUCACCAGAUACUAUGGACAGAUUAUUGAAACUCUUGAAGUAGAUCCAGACUGCAGAAGUUUGCACUUGGCACAUAAAUUGGACAAUGUGAUGUGCACUAUAAACGGGGAACCUACAUCCAUGUGCUGAGAGCCUGAGAGCCCGGCCAGAAUAUCUGCUGGGGUAUGGUGGCCACUAGCCAGGCCUUCACCCUUGCUGGGGGAUGGUGGCCACUAGCCAGGCCUUCACCCUUGCUGGGGGAUGGUGGCCACUAGCCAGGCCUUCACCCUUGCUAGGGGAUGGUGGCCACUAGCCAGGCCUUCACCCUUGCUAGGGGAUGGUGGCCAUGACCCGGGCUCUCACCACACACGUGCCAGUUUCCUGUGGUUGCCUUCUGUACGACUUUAAUCUCAUUGCUGUUACUUGCCUAGUUCCUAGCCAAAGAGUAGGUGUAUGAUGAAAUAGGAAGUUAUUGUGUUGGAUUCCUUGUUAUAAAGAAGGAGGGAAAAACGUGUAUUGACACUGCAUGAUUCCUUCCAGUUAUGGUUUGUGACCAACGACGCUGGUUCGUUAUAUAGAGUUGUGUAUGUGUUUCAUCUGUACUUAAUCAAAUGUCUGUGAUUUUAAAGCGUAGAUCAUUCCAGUAAGUGUGCGGGCUGUUACUGGAGACAAGUGUUUACUGUCUUGUGCCUAACUCGUGCUAUGUGUGACAGACACUUUUAUAGAAUCACAAAAAAAAAAGGUUGUCACUUAGUGAUGAACACGCUGAACAGUUGGAAAUAAAACCUGAACAGUUGACCGGACAUGGUGUUUCAUAUGAGGUAAAGAACCUGUGUGGGACUGAGAAGCAACAAAUGUUAAUGAAACAAGUGACUAUAGCGCAGUGUCACACGGGAAACGCUUUACAAUACCUUCCGAAUCUCAAAUCCAAAGUGGCCUGCAAGUGCUGGGUCUCGCGCAGUGUCUGUGUGUGUUAACGCCUUGUGCAUGUCUUUUACUGAUUUUCACUCUGGCAGUCACCAUGUCCUUCUGGCUAUCAGCUUGCAGGAUGACAAGGCAUUCGAUGCCUAGCAUGGUCUGAUGGGCUGACAAUGCAAUCACCAGCUCCAGUGUCAGCUCACCUUCCCUGCAGUCUGAAUGGUGCCAGCCUAUCGUAUAGUAUGUGAACAUGCAAUGGACUGUGCUGUUUAUUUUCUCUACAGAAGUGGCAAAUCAACAGUGGAGUAGAAAGUGAACGUAAGACUGAUACAGGUGUUGUCGCUGGUGCAUCGACGAGCCAGCUGCAGCAGCUGUGUCAUAGGGAAAAGGGGGACAAGCACAACACAUUCCAGACUUAUCCACUUGGUCAAGGAUCACACUCGCAUUGCAAGUCUCAACCUCAAAAGACAAGCGUCUCAGGAUGCAUCAGUUUUGUAUAUGCAUAUGAAGUUCCAUGCAAAGAUAAUGGGUAAAUCAAAGGACUGAGUUGAAGAAAGAAACGUGUGAAGUACAGUGCUACCGCUCCCUAAGACAGCCCAGCUGCUGUCAGAUCUCCGCUACUGUGAACGGUGCAUACUCCGUAACCAAAAGAUGCUACAGAAUGUUCGUCCUAUCUUUCCUCCGCUCCUUCAAAGCUAGUCAUCUUUGUCCACGUCCCAGGCUUAGGUAGUACACCAGUUUCACGGACUGCUAAAUUUAAGAAUCCACGUGAAUGCUUGGCACCACAAAAGUCAUUAGAAAGGAGACAAAAUACAGAGAUGAGUAACUUAGCAUGUUAGUAGUCCAUCAGUCCGUGGAGCUGUUGAUCUACUGUACGCUACACGUAAAAAAAAAAAAAAGUUUUCACAUGUUAGCCAUAUUCAUUAUUUUUUACCGUAGCCAGAGCCAUGACUGGUUCCAGACAGCCGCAGCCCUGACGCUCGGGAAAAGGUUGUCGUACAGGAGUGAGCGGCAAGUGUCUGGAGAAUGUCACACCUCCAUCAUUCACGUCCUGAGCUGGUCUUCCCAGCGAGUUGACUUUUAUGCCGUUCACUUAUACAACAGACGAGAGAAAGACGUAUUCUUUGAUAUUUUCUGAGUGUGCUUUUUUUUUCAUCUUAAAUAAUUUAUUGAAUAUUUUGAAGAUAUAUAUAUAUAUAUAAUGACAUUUUCCUGUUUUAAGAACAGUUUCUCGAAGUCAAGGCUUGCAAUAAAUUGAUUUUAAUUUAUAUAUUUUUGUGAAAAGUCACUAGAAGAGUAAAGCCAAAGGUUCUUGCUCUCCGGAGUGACGACACAGAAAUAUUAAACUAUUGGACACCACACUGCAUUUGUAAUAGACCACACACACACCAGCGUAUACGUUCGAGUCACAUAAUAAACUUGUUCUCCAUGUUUCUUCUAAGGGGAAGAAAAAGAUGCCUUUAUUUCUCUCUCUAUAUAU